AUGGUAGUACAAGCGGUUCUGACGCCGUAUCUGUUAAAAGAGGGCCUUUCUCCGGAUUUGAAUUUCCUAAAUGUUACGCAAUCUACUAACUUAUCUUCCUUUAUCAAUCAUCCUACUAUUUGGGGGGUUUCUGCGUUUAAUCUUAGCGUAUCUGCGGAACUAAGUAAACGUGAUUCCGAAAUGUCUAUUCUUCCAUCCUUGUUAUUUCAUACGGAUUUAGGAACACAUCAUGCGGUUGGAUUACAUUUGGAUCACAGUGCUCUAAUUAGCAAGAUCCUAGAUGCUAUUCCCGGGCAGCUUCCAGAACAAUAUUUAGCGAAGAGAGAUGAUGGUUUUGAAGUUGAUUGGGUCAGUUAUAAUUAUGAUAACGUUAAUAAAGAUUUAGCUGUUCAAUGGACACAAGAUCCAGAAGCCCUUGGUCAGGAAGAAAUUUCUUACGCAUUUGAAACAUUCGUGGAGGCAAACACAGGUUGGAAAUGGUGUAUCGAUGCGACAAUUGAUGAUGUACCAAGUGAGCCGAUGGACAAUAAUCAUUACCAGAACCUAGAGACAGCUAUUCAUGGAGAAAUCUAUUUAAACACAUAUGGUGGUAUCGAUAGUCAAUGUAACGAAGCAUAUGAUUGUGAAGACGGAAAAUGUGACGGUGUUUAA